UUUGAGGACUCAAAAGUUCGGGCCUGAUAUCAGCUCUUCCGCCUUCUCGUCCGCGUUCCCGUCCUCUAGACGAAUGAACAGCACUCGCUGUGCUUGGUCUUCCUUUGUUGUAACUGUGGCCUUGUUCGACUGUUGUCAUUUUGUCCUGGAGGCAUCGCCUCGGCUGAGGCUCAUGAUUGGCAAAGAACAGCAGGAGAGGUCUGCGGUCGCUCAAGGGGAGACCCACAAUCAUAUAUAUGUGUACUACAUGCUGCUCUAUUACCGAGAAUUUAAAUGCUAUUCAUCCUCAAUGCUAUGACUAGAAUGAUUUCCCAUGAGAUUUCAUCGCGAGGUCCAGUGUAAUAUGCACGAUAAGAGAUGAUGCCGCGAUCUCCGUUCAAGUGCACCUGGCAAUGUUCCACGGUCUUUUUUCACGAC